AUUUGCAAUAUAUAAAUACAACGCGACUUGAGUUGAUCAAUUCAUUCUGAGAAAAGUCGUUGAAUUUGUACUGUUAUUUCUUGAAAAUUCUCAAAACUAUAUCUGCUAUGGCUGCUGCUGAAGUUCAGGCUCCUCUGGAGCAAGAUAACGCCAUGGAAUCAUCAGAAAACAAGUCCUUUUCGUCUCGUCUUUACGAGUUGCCUGUCGUCGUUGCCGCCAUUGAACAACUUGGUCAACUGUACGGCACUGUGAAGGAGAGAAAUAGUGUCACUAAAAUGGCCUGUAAUGCUGGAGAAAGCACUCUUUCAGUGGUUACUUCAGUCUCUAAGCCUAUAAUCGAAAAGGCUACCAAUACUGCUUUUACUUUGGCCACACCAGUCGUUGGGAAGGUCGAAGAUCCAGUUGGAACUAUUGACCAUGUUGCAUCAGAGACUCUGUCAAAAGUGGAGGAAAAAUUUCCCAUAAUUACCAAGUCUCCAACUGAGAUUGCUGAGAUCACCAAGUCUGCGGUGACUUCACGUGCCUAUGGCUAUUAUGAAAAUGUCCAAAACCUGGGCAUCACCAAGAUAGCAGUGGAAAGGGCUAAUGAUUUGGUCUCAUUCACUGAGCUAGUGGCAGAGAUUGCCCUGCCUACUGAUGGCACCUGCAAGGAAGACAUGGAUGAGCUUGCAGAAGCUGAUAAUGAUAGGGACCAGGGAUUGGUUGUGAGGGCUAAGCAUCUGGGAAGUAGAGUUACUAGGAGAGGAAAGAGAAAGCUCUUGACAUACAAACCUGUGAAGGCAACUGCCGAUGUUUUGGCUUGUGCUAAUGAACGCCUGCAUGGUGUUGCUGACAUGUCUGCUGAUGCUGGUAAGAAGGUUUAUGAUGCCUAUAUGUACAUCCCAAACACUGCAGUCAAGAUUUCUGGAGAAGUCAUUGUCUCGGCUAAGGAAUUUGUCUUUGCUUUUAGCAAUGCACAUGAUGUUAAGGACCUCCCUGCCGCCAUCCUCAACCUCAGCAAAAAGGCUGUCGACCCUCUAUCCAACAUGAAGGAUUCUGUCAUGGCAUAUGUCUUCGUCCCCAGUCAAGUUGUGACUGAAUACGUCCUCUCCUCUCGACCAGUACAAUGGAUCAUCCCCCAGGUUGUCUCUACUGAAGACAUGAGCAACUUGGAGAUAAGCAUGGAGGAGAUUGAAGAUGAUCUCUCAGACUCUGACAAAGCAAAGGAAUCUGAAAUCAAGUAGAAUUUAAUUUAACAAGUAGUGACAUUUUAUUAAGAUAAUCCACAAUUUAAACCAGUUCUAUACAUUAUUUUGUCAUCAAAUGAGUGCAUUAUAACCAAUAAUAACAGUAAUUUAGCUAAAAAGUUUUAGAAUUUUUGUUUUGCUUCUGUUGCAUAUUUUUGUCUUGUUACCUAUUUCAUUACCAGAGUUUGCAUUCCUAUUAUUUUGAUCAUCAGCAAAACCUGAUGUGUUAAAUUCCAGUUUUGUUGCAACUCAGAUAUGUGAGUUAACUAGCCAUGCCUUGACUUAGAAGCCCAGAGGUUGUUUCAGUGUAUYGAUACAAUAAAUUGAAGUUCAUUGGUCCAAGAAAUUGAAUGGUUUAGCCCUGGCUCAUCCAAAAUCCCAGGGCCUGGCUUUCUUCUUAAUGUUAUAUUAGCCAAUCACAAACCAUCAGUAGUUUUAUUUGCCAAAAGUUCUUUAUUUCUGGGCUUAGACCAAAAAGAAAGCCUGCUCCACAAAUAGAAAGGGUUUUUUCCUGCGAAUGUCAGAUAUGAAACAUUUUCAUUUUCCCCCUUUAUUUCACUUUACCUUUUGCAAAUCCCAGGGGCAGAUCUAAAGGGGGAGUGCACCCCUUCUAGAUGAGCUGAUAUCUACUGCAUUAGUGUUUGAGUUUGUAAGCAAAGUCAUUGCUAAAAUGAAAAUCCUGGAUGGUUCAUCCCCCUAGAAAAAAAUACUGGAUCAUUUUGACCAGUAAUGUUUAGCCAGAAAUAAGAUAUGACUAAGCUAAAACUAAUUUGGCCUGUCAUCAUGACCGGUGACUAAUCGGCAGUCAUUUUAAGCCCUAAAAGAUCUGAGAUGUGACUGCCCAAGACAACAGGGAUGACCAAUUCAGUAACUAAGCUUCGAGUAUCCAUGAGUUAGAAAAGGACAGUUAAUCAAACUGCAACCGAUAUAUCAUGUAGUUCAGUUCUUAGCAUAGCAGAAAUAUAAAAUUGCUUAUUUUAUUACUGUAACCUGUUGAAAUAAAGCAUAUCUUGCAAAAAUA